GUCAAUAUCCAUAUGUCUCCGUAAGUAAAUGACAAAUCGAUCUUAGAUCUUAGGCUGCGCGAAUCUACAACAGUUGAUCUCGAGCUCUGUUGACAUUUGACUGAACAUACGGAUUUUUUUUGGGGAAUUACAGAUUGAGAAUGGCCUCUGGAAUGUUGCUGGACGAGACUCCUCUGUUUGAUCCUUCUCUGCUUCAAGAGCUGGACUGGAGCAGCAACACUGUCUCCUUCUCACCUGCCAUUUCUCCCUCUCAGCCUGGAGAAGGUCUGGUCCUCCGUCCUCUGUGUACUGCUGACCUAGACAGAGGCUUCUAUAAGGUCUUAUCACAGCUAACAGUGGCUGGGGAUGUCACAGAAGAACAGUUCAAAGCAAAUUUUGAACAUAUGAAAAAAUCUGGAGACUAUUAUGUCAUAGUGGUGGAAGACACAAAUCUUGGACAGAUUGUUGCCACAGCAACACUCAUCAUAGAGCACAAAUUUAUCCAUGCUUGUGCAAAGAGGGGGCGUGUGGAAGAAGUGGUUGUGAGUGAUGUAUGCAGAGGAAAACAGCUGGGAAAACUGUUGGUAUCAACAUUGACUCUCCUCAGCAAAAAAUUGCAAUGCUACAAAAUAACGCUGGAGUGUGCGCCGAAAAAUGUGGAGUUUUAUAAGAAGUUUGGCUACUCCGCUUCAGAUGAGACUUACAUGCAGCGCCGGUUCUUUGACUAAAUCCAAAAGAAUCUUGAACAUCAUAGAAUGUUUGCUUUAGAACUCUUAAUCUGUUCUAUUUUCUGAGAUUAGACUACCUCGAACUUGCACCUUUUUUAGCUAGCAAAAAAAAGAAAAACUUGGUAAAUUGGUGACAAGUUUUGUCACAAUAUCAAAAUAUUCUGAAAUAAUGCAUUUUGAAUUCGCUACAACACAGAACAAUGUGCAUAUUCAAGAACGUUACUAAAUGUACGCAGCCAACAUCAAGCACUUGCUUUGAAAGUUAUUCAGUUGUCUGUUUAAAAUGUGUUUCACUUCACAUAACUUGCUAUAGAAACAGAAAUCAUGUCUGAUCACAUAUAGAAUUCACAAUAAGUAACACUGUGGCCUGUCUUAAGAGAAAAGCAAAACAUUUUGUUUUAUAGAAGGGCUUUCAUACUUGAAUGUUUUCUAAUGUAAAGAUUUAUAUAUGUAAAUUGUUUUUGAAGAGGGAAAACAAACCGUUUCGAACCCAUUUAGUUUCCAAAUAUUCUUUUU